AUGAGGGGGAAGAAGCGCAUUAGGCAGCAUUCCAGUGAGGCCGUGGACACUGCCAAGAAACAGAUAAAAAUCAGUGAUUUUUUGUCUAACAAUGACCUGGCAGAGAUCUGUAGCAACUUUCCUACUGCAAACAGUUUUGCUGCUCUAGCCUCUAGUGCUACUCACGAGGAGUCCGGCUGCAUGGCGGGCAAGACACAGUCAGCCCCGAGUUCAAGAGUGGAGGCAUACUCCUCUGAGCCAAUUCAAACAACUUCACCUGAAAUACCACAACCAUCCGCCCAGUUUACUGCCGACCGAGGGAUGAUGGAACUGUUAACCUGCCAGUCCGGACUGAUAACGCAUACAAUUACCAACCUGUACAAAAGGCUGGAUGGUAUUGAAAAGAAGCUUGAAGAAGUGCUUAGUCUGGCCAAACGCCCCUCCCCGCUUCUCCAGUUUGAUAAGGCUUCUAACCCUGCUCCCCUUCGUUCAAGUUUGCAGGCCGACUCCGUUCAGCAAGAAUGGUACCUGGACGAACAACCUCAAAAUUUGAAUUUACAACUCCAGCCUUCAAAUGCCGAACACCCUGACACCUGCAACAGUGAUAUUGAGGACCCUCUCGGCCAUAUCAACUUGUUGGCCCUCCAAUCCAAGCAACCACAGCUUUUCAGUGCCCAGCAACCCAAGGCCAGUUGGAAUCCUUACACGGGGCAGAGUGAGGAAGACCCCCUGAUUAUCUUAGCAAAGGACUCCAGGGUCCACCGACCAACAAUCGAUGCCCCAGAGGUAGUGGAAGAAAUACAUCUGGAACCAUCCGGGGCUUCAGAGAUGAAGCGAGCCCUUACUCUCCUGAGCCUCUUAGUGGCCAUUGGAUUCCUGCCAGCAUCCGAAUCUUUCUCAGAAGCACUGGCCUCUGAGAAAUUGACUGGUCCUGACAUUUUAUUCAGCAUCAACACAGCCAAGCGGUUGGUGGAUCAAGCAUACAAGUUGUACCGGGAGAGAGCGAAGGAGAACUUGAGAAAGCCCCACCUCACCCCCUCUGAUUUCCUGAGAAAUUUAAAGGAACCGGUGGCGGGGACCAGGACUGCAAUCCGGGCGGCAAGUUACAUGGAAACGGCGUUGGAUCUCCUGAGGAAGAAACUGCAGAAGGUCUGGCACCGUCAGUUCAACAUCACAGAUGUGCUAAGCAUCAAGCAGAAAGAUAUGAUCACCAGAGCCACUGGCUGUGACUAUAUGAUCCGCCCAGUCCGGUGCCCACGAAACAGCCCUUAUCGGACCAUCACAGGAGAAUGCAACAAUUGGAAGCACCCUCAUUUUGGUAUGUCUAACCAUGGCUAUGCCCGCUGGCUCCCAGCAGAGUAUGAGGAUGCUGUGUCUCUUCCCAAGGGUCUCAUCCAGGGCCAGCUUUAUAAUGGACACCCUCUCCCACUGGUGCGGCAGGUAUCCAACAAGAUCAUCGCCACCUCCAACGAGAAGAUCACGGACGACCAGGAGCGCUCGCUGGCGUUCAUGCACUGGGGCCAGUGGGUCGACCAUGACAUGGACUUUGCCCCCAUGACUGAAACCAGCAUCCAAAACCAGGAUGUCCACUGCGACACCAGCUGCAACUAUGCGCCCCCCUGCUUCCCGAUUAAGAUUCCACCUGGAGACCCGCGGAUUACAAAGCCAGGCGUCUGCAUGCCUUUCAUCCGGACCACCUCUGUUUGCAACCCCACAACGUUCAUCCGCGAACAGCUCAAUGCUAUCACGUCCUUUCUGGAUGCCAGCAUGGUGUAUGGGAGUGAGGAGCCUUUGGCAAGAAGCCUCCGGAACCAAAGCAACUCUCUGGGUUUAAUGGCGCUCAACCAGAACUUUACAGACGCUGGUCUGGGCCUCCUUCCUUUCGAGAGCAAUUCAAACAGCCUCUGCCUCUACACAAACAGAACUGCCAACAUCCCAUGUUUCAACGCAGGGGAUAAACGUGUCACUGAAAAUCUGGGGCUGUCAGCUCUCCACACCCUCUUUGUCCGGGAGCAUAACCGACUGGCCAGGGAGCUGAAGGCGCUGAACCCCCACUGGGAUGGGGAAAAGAUCUAUCAGGAAGCUCGGAAGAUUAUUGGGGCAGUGAAUCAGGUGAUCACCUUCAGAGACUACCUGCCCCUUGUCUUGGGCAAUGAGAUGAACAAGCAGUUGCCUUUGUACAGAGGCUACAAUGACUCUGAGGACCCCACUGUGUCAAACGUGUUCUCCCUGGCCUUCCGGUUUGGACACGGUUCUGUUCCCCCGUUUGUGCCACGCCUGGACCAGAACUUCAAGCCCCUUGUCCCAUAUUCCAAUGUCCUUCUUCAUCUCACCUUCUCUGCUUCAUGGAGAAUCAUAAUGGAAGGUGGCAUUGAUCCUCUUCUCCGCGGUCUCCUGGCCGACCCUUCCAAGCUGAUGAAGCAGAACCAGAUGAUGGUGGAGGAGCUCCAGGAGCGACUCUUUGAGCAGAUUGAGCUCAUCGGCCUUGAUCUCGCAUCCCUGAACCUCCAGCGGGGGAGAGACCAUGGCCUGCCAGGGUACAAUGCCUGGAGGCGGUUCUGCGGCCUCUCUGAGCCCCGCGACGAGGCUGAGCUCGCUGCUGUGAUGGGCAAUCCCCAGCUGGCAAAGAAGUUUAUCGACCUUUACGGGACACCAGAGAACAUUGACAUCUGGAUCGGGGCCAUGGCUGAACCCUUCGUGCCCUAUGGGAGGGUCGGGCCCCUCCUGGCGUGCCUCAUUGGGACCCAGUUCCGGAAAACCCGGGAUGGAGACAGAUUCUGGUGGGAGAACCCUGGGGUGUUCACCCCCCGGCAGCGGCGGGUUCUGAGCGGCGCCUCGCUCUCCCGCAUCAUUUGUGACAACACCCACAUCCAGGAGGUGCCCCACGAUGUUUUCAAGAUGAACCACUACCCGAGCGGUUUCGUGAACUGCCGCAAAAUUGGAGGACUGGAUUUGUCUGCUUGGAAAGAAUAGACGGGCAGCAACCGAGAAAGUUUUGGGGGGAUAGGUUGAGACAUUGCAAACCUGCCAGAAUGCCAGAAAGUAAAUGUGUGCUGGGACUCAACCCUGCAGCUUUCACAACCACUCCAGAAUGCAUAGUGACCACCUUCGUGUCACGGAGUGAUGAAAACUGACCCGUCUCCUGAGCGAGACUCCCAAUUGGGUUGGAGUUCAGAUUCUCUUGUUUUGGGAUUUAAAACCAGCAUGCCCUUGUAGAUAGUGAAUGAUAGCAUUGUUCAGUUGGCAGGGACCCCAAGGCUCAUCCAAUCCAACCCCUUGCAAUGUCGGACUGACAGCUUGAAGCACCCCUGGCAGAUGGCCAUCCAACCUGUUUAAAAAGCUGCAGUGAAGGACCUUUGAAGUCCACUGCCACAAACUCUCAAAAUGCCUCUUUGCCAUCCCUGGGCUAAAAACCUGGGAUUAAUCUCUGCCAUUCAUAUUUCCUGACAUUCUGGGAAGGUGGUUUGGGCUCUGGGAUGAGGGAAGGUCAGUUUGAGGUGGCUAUUUGGGGUAGAUUGGGGCUAAAUCCAGCAACGACCAUCCAAGGAUUUGUGACACUCACAUUUGCCCUUGGGAUGUGAAAACUGCACAACCAGCCAGAUAUUUUAAUUAUUUUUUUCUGAUGG